UAAUUAUCCAUUCGAUCACCAAUGAUGGCAUCUUCUAAAGUUUCUAGUGAUAGAAGUUUUCGUACUUUUAUCGUUCAAACGUCCUAUGAAAUAACUGAUGAUUUAUUGGGAACGUUGAAAUUUUUGUGCAAAGACGAAUUGGCAGAGAGAGAGAUUGAAUCCACCAAGAACUCCCUAGAGUUUUUAGAAUUGCUAUGGAGACGGAAUAAGAUUUGGGCAGGAAAUAUGGCUUACUUGACUGCCCAUUUGGAAACUGCAGGGAACUUUAAUCUAGCCAAAAAGGUCAAAGAAUGGGGUGAGUGUGUAUAUUAUUCUAUUCAUGUUGAAGAUAAAAUACCGAUUAUCUCCUCACCUGCCGUUGAGCCAAAUAAAAUAUGAAUUUCUGCGCGAUUUGAAUUGAAGAGCAGUAAGAGAAUUUUAACAAGUUUUUAAACUUUUAACAAGGAGUAGUCAGCCUCCAGACAGAGCGCCUAAAUAAUAAAUUUUUUAAGUUUGUGGAUGAUGGGAUGACAGCAAAAGAAGAAAUGGCUCCGCAAAGUCGCGAAUUUUUAAAGACGCUUGUGUGGUGGGGGAAAAUUUGUGACCCCCAUGUUAGGAACGUCUAUAAAAUUGCGCAACUUCAUCGCGACGCUUUGACUUCGCUCGUUUGUGACACAUCACUUUCAAACUCGGUAAGUAACUAAUUUUAAGGCGAUCUUUCCAGGAGCGUCGAUGGAUUAUCGCUUGGUUCCUUGUCAAAAACUAAAAAACGAGUUAUAGGGUCUUGUACGAGUUUUAUUUGUGUCGACAUUUCAGUCACGAUCGCGAACAAAUAUUUAUUUCCUGUGUUACGUCAUAGGGCUAUGAAGCUUUUAAUACAAGUAUCUUUCUCUUUUACGGAUCGACAAUGUAAUUCCUGCUCUGAUAGUAGAUUUGGAAGUAUCUUCCGGCAGCACAAUGUAUAACUUACAAAUAAUUAUGCUGAUUCAGAUGUGAUUCACGUAUUCAGGGAUUUUCAAACAUGCAGAGACCUGUAGUUACGAUAUUGUACUCCGCCAGAUAAGCUGAGAUGUUUAUUUAAAGACUGUUUCAAAACCAAAACUGUCAGUAAAAAUGCACUUUUGUUUGAUUCUUGCUGUCACAUACGCUGAGUUGGUUUCCAAGGCCUUCGGGGAAUCAAGUUGAAAGUCAACGUUCGAUGAUAUCUGAUAAAAGACAAUUUUUAGCUAGUGUACUACAAAUUAUGAAAAGACAUUGCGCGCAUUGAAUUGCAGCAUAAGGCUAUGUUCACAGUACAUACCGGAUAGUAAUUUAUAUAUAGCUCUUGCCGGUUGCGCCGACACGAAAACCAUACAGGAUAAGGCUCUUGUUCACACAUAAGAACCGUGAUUUCAAAUGGCGUGAUUUUUGUAACGGGGCGAAGCUGCGCCCGAACUUGAAAUCGAAAAUGCCUGUCAGGCUUCUGCCACUCCGUCGAAGUGUGAACGUAUUCGGACCGUAGCGGAGGGAUAGGACUGGAACCAACUGUCUUCACCAAACCCUCUCGGCCAACCGCUCCGGCACGAAAUGCCAGUCAUAUUGUACCGGAUAGGUUUUCAUGGCAUGUCGGCCUAAAAGCUAUCCAGUAUAGUGUGAGCAUAGGCAAGAUAAGUUACUCCUCGUUACUGGGAUAAGAAACCGGAAGUUUUUUAAAUGUAAGAUCGCAGAGAAAAGUACAAAAUUCGUCCUUUUUACACGAGACUACCAGUUACGGUUUUUCUCUCAUACUGCGCAGUGUGCCAAAACUGACCGAAUCCUUCUUUACGAUCUACAAACAUCAUUCUCUCAAUCAACGAACAUUAGAUGAGCACAUAUCUACAAAUAGUGCGAAAGAAGAGUGCUUCAGAAUGAGGCCAAUACUACAGUAUUUGUAUCAUGUUAUUUGGAGAUUGCACCCGUCCGCAUUUAUUGCUUAUUACUAUGUUAAUAUUAGUAAUACAAUAAUAUUUAUUGAUUUGUACUGCUCAAAAAUAUCAAUCUAGGGAAAGAAUUUUUCAUCUGCGCAUUACAUUGACUCAACAAAAUCCUAAAAUCCUAGUACAUAUUCCAAUUUAAAAAAUUCUAAAAACAAUGACUAAUUAAUCCCUUAAGUCUUAUUUCAGAUCGCACCUAAUAAUUUGUUUAAAAUAGUAAUUCUAAAAUUCUAAAAACAAAUGACUAAUCAUUCUCUAAAAUCCUAUUUACAAAUCCUUCCUUAUAAAAAGAAUAAAAACAAUAAAUUAGAUGGGAAACGCCUUCUGAAAUAAGUGAGUUUUAAGAGCCUUCUUAAAAGCAUUAACUUAAGAUAUAUUUCUAAUAAAAAGGGGAAGAUCGUUCCAUAAUUUAGGGGCCGCCAUAUAUAAAAAGAUCGAUCACCAAGCGUGGAAAGAGACUUGCAUGAUGGAGUGUUAAGAAGUUCACUUGCCGUCAUUUUACCUAGUGAUAGUACCUACCACUAGUGUCUUUCAGAGAUACAAGUCCGGAAAUGUAAGUCGGAGCGAGUUUAUGAAUGGCCUUAACAAUUAACAAUAAAGUUUUAAAACUAUUCGACUUGCUACGGGUUACUAAUGUAGGGCUCUUAGUAAUGGUGUAAUAUGCAGCAGAGUUCUGGACUCUUUGCAGCUUCUGAAUCUGAUACUCCGGUAAGCCAUAUAACAGGCUAUUACAAUAGCCAAGACGGCUAGAAAAAAAGGCAUGGUUUGUAUCACGGAGAAUGCUGAGAUCAACGGUAUCGAAAGCAGCACUGAAAUCAAGCAAAACAAGGAUAGUAACCUGCUGCUUGUUCAUCAUGAUAUUCAACAGAAUAUCGACCGUUCAUUACUUUCAGAAGUGUUGUGUCCGUGCUAUGAUUUCUUCUAUAAGCAGACUGCGCAACUGGGUAUAAGUUAUUACGAACCAGGUGAUCAUGAAUCUGAUUAAAAGCAGCCCUUUCAAUAAGUUUAGAUACAAAAGACAAGUUGCUCACGAGAAGGAAUUUCUCGUGACAUCGAGACCGGGUUUCUUUAACAGCGGAAAAACUAAAGCCUCUUUCCAAAUUUCAGGAAAACGCCCGGACUGCAAAGAGUUGUUAACGAUUUUUGUGAGAACUGGGAGGAGAUCCUCACAUUUGUGUUAUGUUAUGUUAUAGCGCUACGCACGAUUUACUAUUAACACCACUACGCAUCAUAUCAAAAAAUGUACAAAAUUACUAGAUUGAAAGUAAUAAAAAAUUCGGUAUCUGUUUUCAAAUAUAUGGGGUUUUUUUUUAUUGAAAGGGCCAAGUCUUGAACUAUCAACCCUUCAGAACUAGUAUUGUUUGCAAAAGUUUUUUAAAGCACGAGCCCUACUGCGAUUUUCGCGCAGGUAUGCGCAGGAAACAGUCCUGAACACUGGUUAACAACCGCGUUCCCAGGGUCUUCUCCUACUCGUCUCCUGCAGCCAGAGAGGGAGGAGUAGUAGAGCAUCCUGGGAACGAGGUUUCCCUGGAUGAUAUCUUGCAGCAUGAUCUCGACACCGAAAUCACGAUUAUCGUUAUUUCUUACUUGGCCUCAAAAUGACGAUUCUCGCAAUUUUGAGGGCCCUGACCCACACCCCAACCCAUACCCUAGCCCUAAACCUAAACGUAAGCCGACCCCUAACCCUAACACUACAAGAAGAUAUCAUUCUUAUCUCUAUGGGUAAGGAUUUAGAAUCUACGCUAUUGAUUUAUUAAGAGUCAUUCCUUUCCUCUUUCCCUUUAUGUGUGUACGACCUAACGUGUUAAAGUCUUUUAUUGGCUAACCACUUAGUGAAUCUUUCUUUGGGAAAAAAAAAUACUCCAAAUUAGCAUACACUUACCUUGACCUUUCUGAUUUUCAAGACAGACUAAAGCCAAGUUCCGAACUUUCGAGAGGGACUUGACCCGAGUCAUUUGUCUGUGCCCCAAAGUAAUGAUAAUCAUAAUUUUGAGGCCAAAUAAGAGAUAACGAUAAUCAUAAGAAGGAUGGCGUGCUAAGCGACUUUUUUUUCUUUAUUUUAGUACCACGACGGACAAGCAAACUACCAUGCCAGUCCAACUACUUUGUUGGAAGGGAUGCUGUCGUAGAUCAAAUCAAGGAAACGUUGACAACAAAUUCAUCGCGCAUGAUUAUUAUCGUCGCUUUACCUGGCAUGGGCAAGACAGAGGUUGCAACAUGUGUCGGACACCUGUUACAAAAAGAACUCUGGCCUGUUGUGUACGUCAAGGAGAAAAAACUCAUGGAGAUCUGCCAAGAAAUUCUCUAUCAGGUAGAUCAUCGGCACUGGACAUUAAACAAAGAUGUGAUUUCACACUGCGAGCGAAAGCUAUCGGAGCUCGAAGACGACACGAUACUCAUUCUUGAGAACACAGAACAUGCACAAAAAGAAAAUGAGUUCUAUGACUUUUUUGAACACAUGGUGAAGUUUGCGCCGAGGAUUCGAACAAUCAUAACAACACAGUGUGACAUCAUUAUCAACAGCCUCAUUUCAGCCAGCAUUCAUAAGAUUCGCCUCGAUCCUUUAGAUUCUUCCUCAUCGUCUAAACUAUUGAUGCAAAUAGCACCACGAAUUUCAAAAGCUAUUGCUGAAGAGAUUGGCAAGUUGUGCGACGGGAUACCCUUAUUUCUUGGCUGCAGUGGUUCAAUUAUGGCGGAUGGCUUCUGCCCCGAAGUUUUUGCCCGACAGCUGAGAAAAAACCCUGUGAGAGUUAUACGCGGUAGCGAACAUCUAAACCGGAUUUAUACGAACAUUGGCCGCUUUUUUCGUCUUUUGCCUGAACAGGUGUUGAGGAAUCUAGUCCGCCUUUCCGUAUUCCCAAAGAGUUUUUCUGUGAAAGAAAUCCAGUUUUUGUUCGAGGAUGAUUUUGAAGAGGAAGCUGUGAAGACAAAAAUGAUUCAGCACUGUUUGCUUGAAAAGUUGAAUGAUGGGAACAUUUUUACUAUUCAUCCACUCGUUAAGACUUUUUGCAAAGCGGAAAGAGAAACCUUGGGCAUGGUUGAUGAAGGGCGCUCCGCAGAGAAGGCUUUCAAUCAUCACUACCUCAAGAUUCUGCAAGAUCUUCACAAUCUGUUUCUUACAAAAGAUUCUUCUUUAGAGGCCAUUCAAAGGUUCAGGGAAGACAAACAAAAUAUCAUGGAAGCAUUUGAGAACUGUCUAUGUGACUCUAGUGAGCCCAAAGAAAAAAUUUUUGCCGUUGAUGUUGCUAAUGAAGUAGUGGACUUCUUAGCUAAAGUGUUAUCACCACCUAUGGAAUGUACCCUUUUGUACCAAAAGUGCUGUAAGAUCGCUGGGGACUCCGUAGGUGACGGUAAGAGACUUGCAUACAGCUUAAAUUCCCUUGGUUUUCGUUGUCUAGAUGACGCAGAUCACUGCAAAGGCGACGGUGCAGAGCAUGCUGGUAAGAAGUUUGAAGAAGCUUGCUCAAUAUUCAGAGGAUUGUCAAAAGAGUCUCAGAAAUGCGAGAAAUACGCUCACGUCACCACCAAACAUGGGUUAUGUGUCUUACUCCAGGUUAGAGAGUUUUUUUUUUGUUUGUCCUUCUGCUUCCGGUGGAUUGCUUUUUUCAUGAGACAUGAAGCGCUUGCGUUAAGCCGGCAGGAUUAGAGACCGAGUGUAGCCUGAGAAAACAGUCGACAUUCCGCGACGCCACCACUGGUUUCCUCGCGAAAUGACGUCUGAGAAACGAGUGCAGAAAUUCCAUACUAAUGACGCGUCACUACCAAGAUAUGGGUAGUGCUUCUGAUUGGAUGAACCAAAUUUUCAACCAACCAGAAACACUACCCAGAUCUGUAUAGUGACGCGUCAUGAGAAUGGAAUUUCUUCACUCGUUUCUAAGACGUCAGUUCGCGAGGAAACCAGUGGUGGCGUCGCGAAUUGAAAUGUCGGCUUUUUCCUGACGCUACAGGGAGAAUGCUGUAAAGCAUCAGACGGAUACCGUAUGUUUUUUUUCGUGGUGGAGCCGCCAAAAGUUGAAAAUAUAUACGAUUGGCCUGGUAGAAGAUGAUUGCAUAAAAUUACUCACGCCGGAUUAAUUUCUGCAUUUGGCCUAAGCUCACUGCCUAUUUCGAGUUUCGAGCAAACAAGCGAGGGAGCCGCAGUAGGUAAAGCCGCGAGCGUCUCCUUCACUCGUGUGUCUCCUUUCUCUAGCCCGUGCCAGGCUGUCAGAGCGAAAAUAAGACUCGCGUGAACUGACUGAAAGUGGUGGUAGCGUCUUAACUCUGUCCAGCUCCCGCGCGUUUUUCCGUAUCAGUUUUAACGAUUACUAUUUUGGAGCUCAGAGCAGGCUACCUUUGGUAUGCAGCCUUUCGCGCAUCAAACUUUGCCUUACUAAUCUUAUAGCAGCAGCAUCAACAACAACUUUAUUUGUACCCAACAGUAUAAAAUUAUGAUUAACAAAGUAUAUUAACAAAAAUAUAGAGGAGUAUAACCAUAGGAGCUAGAAAAAAGCCAUACUUAGGUGAUUUAUCUAUAGUUGUUUGGAUCAGAUACCGCAACUGAUCAGCUUUAGUAAUACAGUAUAUGGCAUUUACUCAUAUUAAUUUUGUUGCUUUUCUCUUUAAGGGAGAUGUAGAAGGAGGAAGGAAAUCAAUCCUCGAGGGAAUCAAAAUAAGAGAAGAGUUGGGUGUUCAACUGUAUGUCGCUGCAGGAAACUGUGAUCUUGGACGUGAGAAACUAAAUAAUCGCUUGACACGUCUAUAUAAAUAUCAGUUACUGUAUUUGCUGGUACAAGCGACGCGACUCCUGUUAAGCUCCUCAAAUGCGGCGCUUAUUCGCGUAAAUAUGGUAAUUAGUAGAAUCAUAGAUCGUGAAUCGAAGGUCUCGGCGGUAAGACUGCACAGAGGCAAAAAAGGACAAGAGUGCAAGAAUGUAGUUACCCUUAUUGCUCAUUUAUUUUCGAUCGCCUAAGCAUGCCAAUAAAACACGAGGCUCAUUAUGGGCGUUUAACCUAUAGCUGAGAGUUGUUCAAAAUUUCAACUGCCUGCUGAGGCGAAUAGGUACGGUGAUGCCUUGUUUAGGUGGUAGCAAAGACAUCGUGAAAAAUGUUAGUGAUACUUCCGAAGAUUCGAGCUGCCCAAUACAGUCUCCAUUUAUACAGUCAAACAUGGAAGUAAAAGUAUGAACUCAUCCAGGAUAAGAUACUGAACAAAUUAUUAGAUCUUCAGACGAUUAUGGAAAUAAUGCAAGUAUUACAGUCGCAAAAUCUGACAUGACAAUGAACAUACAUAGUCUUGUUACCGGUAUAUAUGCAAGGAUAAUCAGUCGGUCAAUGGAAAAUCAGAUCUCAGGAAAAUGACCUAUAGUAAUAUCAAGUAAAUAAUCAUACUGAUAAGCAGGUAUUUUUGUAUUUUAAUUUCUUUAUAGAUUCUUACCGACAUUGCGGUGACUAUGAGAAAGCUCUGGAAAUUUGGCAAACAAAGACGCUGCCGGUUUACAUAGAGCAAUUAGGUAACGAUCAUCCCUGGACGGCUUCAAUCAUUCAGCACAUCGCAUCCAUGUACUUGGAGCUUGCACGAGAGGAUCCAGCACAGUACGCAGCGCUCGUCGAGACUUACACCCAACAAGCUUUAGAAUUCAGGAGGAAGUUGUUAGGCGAGCAUCAAGACACGGCUCGUUCGCACAUUCGGCUAAGCGAAGUUCUUUGUAUGCAAGGGAAAUUUGAAAUGGCCUUAAAAGAACUUGAAGAGGCUUUGGAUAUUCAAAACGACGUCUUGGGUCGUAACCACGAGGUCACACUCAACACGAUGGAGAAAAGAAGAGAGGUUCUUAAGUUCAUGAGGCGAACAGGGCAGGUCCAAGAGACUGAGGAGACACUGCUAGCACAUAAAUUUGCAAACAUACACUUUCCAAACAACUAAGAUCCGAAUUUUUGCGUUCAAUUUGCAGAAAUUAAAAUGAUUUUGCCAGCGGUAAAAGCAGUUCCUCGGUUCGGAAUUUUCAAGUCCUGAGAUUUUUUUACCAUUUACUCACACCCUGUUUCGACCGGUUUGUCAAUGUAAACAAAAAACAGCGUAAUUAGAUCCCGUAGCACACUCGCAUAAUCAUGAAGCGACGUAGAAGUAAGUAAGUGAGUAAUUUUGAGAGAAACUCUAUUUCUAUAGUGUAAGCCUGUGAAUAGGUUCCGUGGGCUCGUUCCCAGGUUUCUCUUCUAUCGGUCCCUGCGGGGCGAGAACCCUGGGAACGAGGUAGCAUAUUGAAUUCUUCGAUCAGCUUUGCAGAAUUCAAUGUGUCUACUUUAUAUGUUUUUGCAGAUCAGGUCUUCUCUAGAUCCCACUUUCUGCGGCAUAUUCGUUUGUGGUCCUUUGCAGUUAGGUCAACGAGGUUGGAUGAACGAAGCACAAAAGUGCAACGAAACGGGUUGACACAGGAGCCUAUCAAACGGAGCCUCCAUCUCCCAUACAAGCCCUUGGAGUCAACCCUUUCCCGAGUAGAUUUAUAAUUAGAACGGUUCCCAGGGGAGACUUCGCGCGCCGACGGUGGGAAGAGCCAAUCACAACGACUAAAUGACACUGCUAUUGUACUUCAUGAAACAGCAGGAAAUCCGGUGCUGACAGGCCAAACAAAAUCAUAAGCUAGUGAAACGUGACUUUAGCGUUUUCAUCCCUCAGAGAUUUUCUUUCUUUUCUUUCUAGCGGGUAGAUUAUACUGUGGAGAGUUUUAAACUCUGACUAUGUUAGUCUUAAUUUUGGUUGCUUGUCUCACAUUAAGCUGGUCUGUUACAUGCGUGAGGAUUAACUACUACCUGCAGUCUGUAGUUCUGACAGGAUUCGUUUUCUUUAGCCAAUUUUUUUGAGCGUUAAGGUUCUUAUUUCGGCUAAAUGACUCAAUAUUAAUCAAAUUUCUAGUUUUUCAAGUGUUUAUCCGAAAUGCGUUUGUCUGAAUAAAUACUGUGGUUGUUUUGUCCGUCAGUUAGUGUGAUGAUUCCCUGCUAUGUUUUGUAACGCCGAGCCGAGCCAUUGUUUUCUCGCAAAAAAGUGAUCUACAGAUGCGAAUUCGAAGGAAAGAAUUGGCCUAAACUUGUACAUUAAUUGCUGAGAAUUCUCCCGUUGGUCAGUCAUAAUUCUUUGGGCGCAGAUACAAUCCAUUUUGUUUUUCUUGA